AUGUCCAGCAAUAACACAAAGAGUGGGAAGCUGGGUCCAUGGGGGCUAUUCAAAGAAGUGUUCAACUGGUAUCCGACCAAUUACCCGGCCAAUGAGCGCAAGUUGCUCUUCAAGCUAGACUUAUCAAUCCUUGCUUUUGCCUGUCUAUGGUUUUUCGUCAAGUAUCUGGACCAAACAAAUAUCAGCAAUGCAUAUGUCAACGGGCUGAAGGAAGACUUCAAACUCAACGGUAAUCAGCUCAACAAUCAUAUUGCACUCAUCUCUGAAGAGUUACGGUAA